AGCAUGAAUAUGGAAAGUCAUGCUAAUGAUCUACUGCCUUAAAGCUAUUUUGGGUAUAGAAAGGCACUUAUUACAUCCUUCAGGCAACUCACAGUACUUACUACAAUACCAUUCAAGGUUGCUUUAAGGUUGCUUUCUUAAUGCAAAUACAGAAAAACAUGAAAAAGAUAAACAGGCAGAAAGUGACUGUGCAUCGAUAUUUGUUCCAGCAGAUCCAUAUGUCUUCAGUAAUGCUGUUCAUUCUGCUAUUAUCAGAGCUCUCCACACUUUCCUUCACACAGAGUGAUCUAAAAUGCCAGCGUAGCUGGACACAGCUUGGAUCACGCUGCUUCAAGAUCUUCACAACAGAAACAACCUGGGAUAACGCAGAGCAAAAUUGUGUGAGCAUGGGAGGGCAUCUUGCAUCUGUGCACAACAUGCAGGUGUAUGCUUUCAUCCAGGCUUUAGUCCUAAAUGCAACUAAGUCAAAUAAUCCAACAUGGAUAGGUGCCAGUGAUACAGUACAGGAAGGAGUUUGGGUGUGGACUGAUGGGACAGCAUUUGAUUACACAUACUGGUUUACUGGACAGCCUGAUAAUUCUAAUCGAAUAGAAGACUGUUUGUCGAUGAAUUAUCUAGGUGCUUGGAAUGAUGCACCCUGCACGAUCCUGUACCCAUCAGCAUGUGCAAAACCAGCCAUCCCAGCUAAGAUCAAAGCAGAGAUACAGCUCGAAAUAAUUUCAGAAAAAGACUUGCUGGAAUCUGACACUGAAGAACUUCUCCAAAAGAUUAAACAGAAGCUGAUGGACAGUGGAAUGCCAAACAACACUACAAUUCACUUGAAAAACAUUUAUAAGAAACCAAAAUAGACUUGGCACUGAAGAGAACAUUAAAAUGUUUGAAUAGAAUUAGAGCUUGAGUUUCAUAAUUAGGAAUUAUUAGAUACAGACAACUUUAUGCACUAUAUGGCCAAAGGUUUGUGGAUGUCUGACUAUAUAACAUUCAUAUAUGCUUGUUGAACAUCUCAUUCCAAAUUUAUUCCCCCUGUUACUGUUAUAAUAACCUCCACUCUUCUGGGAAGGUUUUCCACAAGAUUAUGGAGCGUGGCUGUGGGGAACAUGCAAUCGUCACAUACACAGACCCACAGCGGGAAUCGAGCCCUCAACCCUGGAGGUGUGAGGCAAACGCACUAUGCCACCGUGCCCUCAAUACAAAUUCAUCCUACAUAAAUAUGUGCUUCCAACUUUGUGGCAACAGUUUUGGGAAGAACCACAUGUGGGUGUGAUGGACAGGUGUGCACAAACUUUUGGCCAUAUAGUGUAAGUUGGCUCAUAUUGUAGAAGAUAUAGUAGAAGAUAUUGUAGAAGUAUAGUAAACAUCCUUGCCCUCUCUCUGCAUCAGUGCUAUUUUAUGUGGAGCUGAGAGACGUAAUUCUGAAAGAAGGAUGUGAAAACACCUAAAGUUUUUUUCUCUUCUGUAACUACCUGCAAAUGCCUCCUGGGCUCAUUAGAAUCUCAGGAAGAUUAAGCCUUGCUAUCUAUAUAAUGACUGUUAAAUCUUUUUACCUAGUAAUAUUUUUUGAUUAUUUAUUGUUUAGUUUUAAGAAAAAAAAGGGGAUUGAAGGAUUGUAUAGAAAUUUCAUAGUUAAUUAGAUCUAAUAUUAUCUGUAUAAGCCAUGACAUAUUGCAUAGAUAAAGAAGGGACCUAUGACUCUCUCU